AUGCGGCUGGCGGUUUGUCUCGUGCUGCUGAUGCUGUACCAGUUGGAGGAGUGGAGGGUGAUCGGCGUGGGUGUGGGUGUGGGUGUUGGUGUGGGUGUUGGGCGACGGGGGCGGCCAGAAGAGGCGUUGUUGUGGGGCUGUGAGGAGGGCGAGAGGCGGGUGGAGGUGGUGCGCACGGAGCACUGUCGGGUGGAGUGUCGUGCGUGGCGCGAGGCGGGCGAGACGACGUGGCGUCGGUGUUUGGGUCUGGUGUGUCGCGGUCUCGAGGCGCCGUUGGGCGAGUACGUCAACAACAACAGCCAGUUGCUGCCGUACUUGGCGCGGGUGCGUCGUGUCGUGGUGGAGCGCAGUCGGCUGGGCCAAGUGACCGACUUGUGUCUGGCGCGGUUGUCGCGCGUGGACACGUUGAUCCUGCGCGAGAACGCCAUCUCGACGCUGUCGAGGCUGGCGUUCGCCGAGCCCGGCGGCAUCGGCCAGCGCCUCGGCCGACUCGACCUCGCCUUCAACCGACUCGCCCAGUUACCGUCCGACCUGUUCCAGCCUUGCGUCCGCCUCGGCCGGCUCAGUCUGGCCGGCAACCCGCUCGACCUGAGCGCCGAUUGGGCGACGCGUCUGCUCGGCCCGCCCGUCGCCGUCAGCCUCGCCCACGUCGACCUCGCCUUCAUGCGACUGGCCGCCGUACCGACCGCUUUCCUCCAACCGCUGCUCGGCCUUGUCAGCCUCUCUCUCGCCCACAACCGACUCGUGCGUCUCCGCGCGGCCGAGUUCGACGCCCGCGUCUGGCGACGCCACAUGAUCUACGACUUCCGCUUCAACCAGAUCGGCGAGGUCGACGUCGACCUGCUGCGUCGACAUCCGCUGCCCGUCGCCCUCGACCUGCGCUCCAACCGCAUCCGCGACCUCGCCUUCGUCCACGAGGCGGCCGCCGCCCGCCACCCCUGCUCGUUCGACCGGUGCAGCGUCAAUCUGUUCGACAACCCCAUCGUGUGCGACUGCCGAUUGGCCAACUUCACGCGAUUCAAGACCAGCUCCGGACUCGUCAUCGGCCGCUGCCACGAGCCCCGAAACGUCCGCGGCGCCGCACUCUCCGGUUGGACGCCCCGCGUCCGCGCCUCGCCCCACGCCUACCUCGAGGCCGUCGCCGACACCCACCUUCGCUGCCCUCCCGCCCAGCAACACGACUCCGAGUCCCGUCUCGAGUCCCACUCUCAGUUCGACUGCCGCUGCAACGGAUGGAGACCGGCCAGAGAGCAUCAAUCGGGCCUCGACGACCAACCGUCUUUAACCGAGGAGAGGACGAGGAGAGGAGAAAUUGAAAAAAAAGACAUUUAUUGUCACUUCAACCAAGCCCCCAAUUGCCUCGAAGAAAGAGCGAGACAGAGGCAUUACAAAAAGAGCCAUCUUUCGUUUAAUCUGCUACAGCACAUGUCACCGACGACAAGUCGCCUGAUGAUGAUGAUGAUGAAGAUGAUGAUGAUGCUUAUUAUUAUUAUUACUAUUACUAUUAUUAUUAUUAUUACUAUUAUUGUUGCUAUGGAGAAAAGGAAGAGGAGGAUGAUAAUAAUGAUAAUGACGAUGAUGAAGAGCAUGAGGCGCCUCGGUGCACACCAACAAAGUCGGUCUGCUUCGGGCCGGGCACAAACUUCACGAGGCUCUGAGGACAGAUCGGAAAGCCAACAAAGAAGCGGACAACCAAACGACCAGCCAAGCAAGUCAACAAACGUACAAAGGAGAAAAUGUAAAAGAUCGGCCGGCAAAUGA